CACGCGGAGAGCGGGGCUUGAGCCAGCCAACAGUUUCUGUCAUUAACGGUGGGUAGGGAGGGAUAGUGAGAGGAACAAUCUCGGAACGUCAGAGAGAGAGAGGGAGAGAGAGAGAGGGAAAUUGAGAGAGUGAGGGAAAGAGAGUGAGGGAGGGUGAGUGAGGAUCAUAUUUAGGCUACUGCCGCUCUCCUGUCAAAUAAGCGCUUCACUAAACAGAUCAAAAUGACUAGUCAGUUCGAAGAAGAUAUCCACGACCGGGGAGAAUGUAAGAGUAAAUCGCCCACUCUGCUCUCCUCCUAUUGUAUAGACAGUAUUCUGGGCCGACCGAGCCCCUGUAAAGUCAGGCUGAUAGGGGCGCAAAGUUUGACAGCUCUACCCGGGAGACAGGAGCACGACAAGCAGACCGAAGACACAGACAUGCACCUUCCACCAAAGAUGCGCCGGCUCUACGGACCAGGGGGGAAGUACCUGGACCACGGCCGGGGUUUAGUUCAUGACAUAGGGGAGAAAUUGGACAAGGAGAGGCUCCUGGUGGACCAAGCCUGUGAGAGCCUCAAAAUCAUCCAGGCUCCACAGGUGAGCAUCAGCCGGAGCAAAUCGUACCGGGAGAACGCGUCCCUGAUCCGGGGAGAGGGAGGCCAGAGUCCCACUGAAGGGCCGGAAGAUGGGCCUGGACUAAGGCUGGGCGAGUUAGGGUCGAUGAAGUUUGACGAGGACGCGGGAAAAGAGGAGGAGAGCUGCGGGGAGACGAUGGGUCUCUCCCCGAAGGACGACGAGAGGGAGAGCCUCCACGCCGGGGAUGGAGACGUGAGGGACGGCGAGGACAGCGUGUGUCUGUCGGCAGGCAGUGAUUCGGAGGAAGGAAUGCUAAAACGCAAGCAAAGAAGAUACAGGACUACAUUCACCAGCUAUCAGCUGGAGGAGCUGGAGAGGGCUUUCCAGAAGACACACUACCCCGACGUCUUCACCAGAGAAGAGCUUGCGAUGCGGCUGGAUCUGACCGAGGCGCGCGUCCAAGUAUGGUUUCAGAAUCGUCGUGCUAAGUGGCGUAAGCGUGAAAAGGCAGGUGUCCAGACGCACCCCUCUGGACUCCCUUUCCCUGGCCCCCUGUCAGCCGCCCACCCCCUCAGCCACUACCUGGAUGGCGGUCCCUUUCCCCCACACCCUCACCCUGUCCUAGAGUCUGCCUGGACAGCUGCUGCUGCCGCAGCAGCUGCAUUUCCUGGUCUAGCUCAUCCCCAUGGCAACCACUCAGGCCAGCACCUAGGGACACCGCUGGGCCUCGGAACAUUCCUGGGUACAGCCGCUAUGUUCCGUCACCCCGCCUUCAUGGGACCCACCUUCGGCAGGCUCUUCUCCAGUAUGGGCCCUCUGACCAGUGCUUCCACCGCCGCUGCACUCCUCCGCCAGCCUGCCCCGCCCGUCGAGACUCCCUCCAACCCUCCGCCAGUCCUCUCCGAACCUUCUUCCUCCUCUCCCUCCUCCUUAGCUGCAGCGGAUCGCAGGGCCUCCAGUAUUGCAGCUCUGAGGCUGAAGGCUAAAGAGCACUCUGCUCAGAUCACCCAGCUCAACAUCCUGCCCAGUGGAGCUCCUGGGAAGGAGGUGUGCUGAACAGCUGUUACCCCACCCAGCACUCUCUUUCCUAAGCUUCUGUCCAUCCCCGGUCGCCCUCCCCACCUCUCAAAUCCCUGCAGAUCUGGGAAAGGAGUGGUGGAUGGAUCCAACCCUGACCCCUGAUCUCUGUCUCCUAAACCCUGAUCCUCUCUGGGCUGAAGACUCCUUUCCCAACAGCCCCCCCCCCCUUCCCCAUACCUCUUACCCUCAAACAAAAAGCACGACCAAAUUCAAAUAGCACUGGCAAACCAGAGCGCUGUGUGUGUGUGUGUGUGUGUGUGUGAGAGAGAGCAUCAUCCCCCCCCCCCCCCCACUCUUCCAGGUCUCCUGGAUGAGCGUAACCUUUAGCUGUAGAGCCCUUUCGUCCAGAAUCUGACACACACACACACCUCCAUAGUGAUAACCCAUCUCUAGCUCAUGCUUCCUGGUUCACAAAGUCCACUUUCUUUUCUGUGACAGAUAUAAACUACGAUCUCAGCGGGGUAAACUCCAUGACUACCUGCUGGUUGGACACACACAAACACACACACACAUGCGCGCUCACUCGACUCCGGGGAGAGAGAAAGAAUGAACCAGAACUAGGAACAGUGGAGACUGUGGCAUUUGUCUGGACCACAUGAACUCAGUGCCAUAGCAGUCUGAGGAGGUCUCCAUCCAAGCCAAAGCAACCAACCUGUCCAUAGACCUUUCUGUCCUCCUCUGCAACCCAACCUGUUGCUGGCUCAAUAACCUGCAUCGAGUUUGUUCUUUUGUCUUCACUGAUACUUACAUUAUCAUCUGGAAGAGUUAUUGGAAGAAAAUCUACAAAUGUUCAGCUAAUUGAGUUUCACUAAAGGACAAAUGGAGUGAAGUUUAGAUUCUAUCCAGUGUCUCUUAUAUCUGAACUGUGUGAGAAAGAAAGUAAACUGCUGUAAAUAUUAUUGUAAAAAUGAAAAACAAAACAAAAAAGGAUGAUUUUCAAAACAGAGCCUUGUAUAUUUCAAAAAGACAAUGUUUUGAGAAGUUGCACUUGGUGUAGUGUUUUAUGAGUAUGAAUGUGUCCCUGUGUAAAAUUCCCCUGUGUUUAUGGAAUAUCAUAGGUUUUUAGAUGAUUAUUUAUGUCAAAACUGUUCCACAACAGAUUGAGUGCAGGGCAGGAUUUAUUUUUACUUGUUUAAAGUGAUUGUCUACAUUUCCUGGUUUAAUAAUAGAUGGAAAAAAGAGAAUUGAAUAAAUGAAAGUGGUGAAAUGAAAUAUGCUUUAGAUUAUUAUUUAAACCCCUUAUAGAACUGACAAAU